CCAAGUCAUCUCCCGCACUCUCUUUCUUCAGCUUCCCGCCGGCGAUUUCCCUAUUACCGUUUCAGACUCGUGGUUAGUGCACCGAGCAAUCGAUCGCUGUAGACGGCGAAUAUGGCCCCACCGAACUCCGGUCGCACAAUAUCUCAACAAGCCUUCGAUGAAUUAGUGAAAGAAAAUAUUGAAGAUCUUGGAAUGGACCCAACAGAAGCCCUUGAAGACGCCAUUCAAACCCUAUCUCUCCAAGGCGUCGAUCUCUCCGGUAUUGUGACUAGCGUUUCGGGAUCUGGGGAGGAAAAUCCGGUAAUUCAAUCACUUGAGAGGCUGAAGGAAUUGGAUCGUGAUUGGAAGCAGGGAGACGGGGAUAAGAGCGACGUGAAGCAAAUUAUUGAAUGGUUAGAUAAGUUAAAUGAUGUGUGUAAUGUUGAUGGAUCAGGAAAUGCUGCUAUAGCAACUAAGAAUGGUGCUGUAGGAUUGGUGUGUUCCAUAUGUUGUAAACUUGGGAGUGGAUUCGAUCAGGGCCUUGUUUCAGCUCUGAAGACGUUGGCUUCUUUACUUCAUGAUCUACAGAGCACUGAAAUGUUUAGAGAGAGUAAUGGUCCAAAGAUGGUUAUGAAUAUCCUAAACAAUAGGAAAGAAAACAUAAGCAUCUUGAACAGCGGAUUGUCUGUUGUUUCUGCAGCUGCAACUGGUAAUGCGGUCCUCAAGGAGGCAUUUAUGAACUUGAAAAUUGAUGAGCUGAUUCUUCAAUGUUUAAGAGAAUAUAGUAGGGGGAGCAUUCCUUAUUUAUAUGACGCUUUACGAGUCUUGCUAACAUCUGAUGAUAAUCGUGUUGUGGCCUCUGAAGUUUACGGGUACGCCAGAAGGUUUGCCAAAAUUGGAAUUGUCGAAGCGCUUGUUGGUUCACUUCAUGAAGGGAUAAAGUCGCCUAGUCUAGUGUCUGCAAGCAUCGCUUUGAAGGCUGUUGCUGUUAAUGAUGAAAUAUGCAGAGCUGUUGCUGAUAAUGGUGGUAUAGAUGCAACUCUUCGAUGCAUAGAUGACAGCAGUGAACAGGGUGAAAAAGUUGUGGCCAGAACUUGUUGCUCCUUGUUAUCUAAGUUGGCAGGAAGUGACAUAAACAAGAGUGCUAUUGUAGAAAAGGGUGGCAUGGACAAGCUUAUUAAACUUGCAACAAGAUUUUCUGAUGAUCCGUCUAUGCUACAAGAGGUCAUGUCUAUGAUUACCGUACUGUCCUUGAGGUCUCCAAAUAAUGCUGCCCGUGCAGUUGAAGCUGGAGCUGGUGAUACUGUUAUCCAAGCUAUGCAGAGGUUUCCAGAAUCAGAGCAACUGCUAAAAAGCUGUUGUUUCAUGAUUCGAAAUCUUGUGGUUAGGAAUCCAGAAAACAGAACUAUUUUGCUUGGUAAUGGCAUUGAGAAGCUCAUCAGAAAGGCCAAGAUGAAUCACAAGAGCUGUAAGAAUGCUGCAACUGAUGCACUUAGGGAUCUUGGACAAGAUAACUAUAACUUGUAAUUCACACCAGUAGUCCAAGCUAAGUUUUUGUUGGUCUCCCCACCCACCCCCACCCCCCCCAAACCCAAGAACCCCGCUCACAGUCCUCACCAACUCUCUAGGCCUGUAAAAGGGAGAAGAUCAUGCCGUUUAUUUUGGAUAGAUUUGCUUGAUCGAUGCACUUCCAGAUACUCGAAUACUUACCGUCUAUUAUACUUAAAAGAUGUAUGAUUUUAUAACUUAA